AAAAAAAGAGAGACAAUUCUUCUGCACUCAUAUUUGUUUUUAUGCAGGAUGAAAACCGGCUAAUGCGGCUAUUGUGAUUUAGCAAUCAUUUUUAACUUAAGGGUUAUUUCAAAUCGUUUUAUUUAUUUAUAUCCAACAUGCGCAAAAUUCAUCCAGAAUACAAGGCUCUGAUGGACUAUAUCCAGCGGGGCCUGUUGGGAGAUGUUAAGAAAACUGUGGAUAACAUAAAGCUUAUGCCUAGAAGGGUUGACUGGUGUUCCAUAUUGCACAACAAUUCAAGAGAUACAGCUCUACAUGUAGUUUGCAGAUCUAAGAAUGAUUACAUGUUGAGUUAUGUUAUGACUGAAGGAAUGCACACAUGCCUUGAGCAAAGCAAUGUUUAUGGCAAUCGGCCUCUGCAUGAGGCUGCCAAGAUCAGUAAUAUUUUUGCUGUCAACACAUUCAUUGAAAUUGGUGUUAAAGUAGAUGCUUUGAACAAUGCAUUGAACACUCCCUUAAUGCUGAGUGUAAGCUCGCGUGAUGAGGAUUCUGCGGCAGUUGUAGACGCUCUUCUGGGAGAAGGUAGCAACUCUGCACUUGUGAACCAGUUUGGACAAACAGCAAGCCACGUGUGUAGUGGCCUUGGAUCCCUUGAAGCCUUGCAGCUUCUACUGAAGCAUGACAGUCGCACCUGCUCUGUCACUAGACUGGAUGGUCGCUCCGCAUUACACGCCGCAGCUCACCACGGUCGGGAAGACCUGCUGGAGACGCUGCAGGAGCGUGGGCACCAGCAGGACAGCAACGUGCGGGCGCUGUGUGGGUCGACGCCCAUCAUGGACGCCCUGCGUCGUGGCCACGUCAGCACUGCAGCCGCCAUCACUGCCCUCUGGCCCUUGACACACGUUGCGGCCAAAGAUGCCAAGGGCAGGGGCCUCUGCCAGGUGGCCGCCGAGGGAGGGUAUGUGGACGCUAUCAAAUUCGCUGUCAACGACCACAAAUUGAGUCCGCUGCAGACUGAUGACUUCGGCGCGUGCAGCCUGCACAGUGCUGCAGGUGCAGGACGGUGCGAGGCGGUGCAGUUCCUAGUGCAAGACUUACAAGUUCCAGUCGACGUCAAAGACAACGCUGGCAAGACGCCGCUGUGGUGGGCGCUGCAGAACCGACACACUGUGUGCGCUGAGCAGCUGCUGCAGCUCGGGGCUCAGCCGCUCGCUGAACCUGCGGCGCUGAAACAACGCUGAAAAAUACUGCUCGCAUCCACGCAUCUCGGCAGAAUGUCAUCCUUCCUGCAGUCUUUGUAAUAACUUAGCGCACGAUGUAAAAAUAUAAUGAUGGUAUAAUUGUGAGUAAUAAUUGUAUUAUAUCUUGAGUUCUAUGAACUUUUGAAAAUUUAAGCCUUUCCUUAUGAAAGAUGAACCACGUAUUCGGGAAGAGCUAAAACUAUGAAUGGUAUCCCAGAAUUUUUUUUUUCGUGCACCAAUCAGAAAUAAUUUAUUUGCCGCCUGAUUGCUUCAUUCUUACCUGAUUUAUUCUUUAAUCGAGCAGUAAAAGGUUUACUGCAGUGUAUAGCCAAGAUUGGUGUGUUAUUUCUGACAAAGAAUUGACAGUUUCUAUGAAGAUUAUACCGCGUACCACCUACCUCGUUGACCGACUUCAUAUAUAGGAGCAAGAAUCACAAGAAUUGCUGUUGCCACUUACAUGUUCAUUUCAAUGUGUUUAGCGUUGAUCAAACUAAUAAAAAUUGGAACGGAACGUGUUCAGUGAAAUGUGUGCAUGGGCAGGAGAUUUUUCGCCAGUUUGACGCAUCCGAUCCUGUGGAAGUUUCGUGUUCCUGCGAGCGUAUUUGUCAUCAAGACGAGGCUCUCAUCGUCCGUAAAAA